CACACCAACUUCGUGGAGUUCCGCAACUUCAAGAUCAUCUACCGGCGCUACGCAGGGCUCUACUUCUGCAUUUGCGUGGAUGUGAAUGACAACAACUUAGCUUAUCUCGAAGCCAUUCACAACUUUGUGGAGGUUCUGAACGAGUAUUUCCACAACGUCUGCGAGCUCGACCUGGUCUUCAACUUCUACAAGGUCUACACGGUGGUGGAUGAGAUGUUCUUAGCCGGGGAAAUCCGGGAAACCAGCCAGACGAAAGUUCUGAAGCAGCUCCUCAUGCUGCAGUCCUUGGAAUGA